CAGUUUUAUUGUCAUAGCUUAUUUUGUAAUACAUUCAUCUCACAUUUGCCAGCAAAGAUUAUUUCCAUGCAAUGGUAAAUGGUAUAAUUUUACCUGGCCAAAAUGAGAUAUAUCAACAAACUUGGUGUAAUUACAAAUUGCUGCCAAUUCCAUAUUCUUACGUUCAGGAUAAAUAUUGGAAUGUCGGUUUCUUCAAAUAUUAUCAAUUGAAGCAAAUUCCAAACUUCUUGUUAGCUUUACCAAUUAUUUGUCUAAUAUUACUUCAAAGUUAUUACUUUUUCAAAUAUAAUUGGCACUACAUAGUCCAUCAUAGCAUGUUCGUUAAAUUCCUAUUAAGAAAUUUCGGCGGCAAUAAUUACUUGCGUCGACAAAAAUAUGCAGUCGAAAGUAAAUUUGAAAUCGAUUUUGCUUUUCCUUGCAUUUUGCAUGCACUGGCUUUGACUAUAUUCUGUAUUAUAUUUGUUCAUAUACAGGUAACGACAAGAAUGCUUUGUUCAGCAUCGCCUGUAAUUUAUUGGUUUUCCAAUCAAGUCAAUAAGAGAUUUAUAAAGUAUUAUUAUCUAUGUUACUUUUAUGUUGGAACCAUUAUGUUUUGUAAUUUUUUACCAUGGACUUAAAAAUUAUA